UCAGAUAGCGGAUGAGACAUCAUUGAAGCGCGAAAAUUCUCCGUACUACACCAUGAACGCAACCUCAACUCCCGACAAUCCGAUUGUGCUCAAUCUUCAGAAUUCAUAUGGCGCACUCAUGAUCGGGUCCUUCUUUUCGUGCGCUGUUUGGGGCAUGUCAUGCCUUCAAGUUUGUUGGUACUUUUACCACUAUGGUUCUUCUGACCGACGCAGUCUUAAACUUCUUGUCGUCUUUUUGUGUAUCGCAAGCACCGUCGAUGAAAUUUUACUCUUGGAGUGCAUGUGGCCGGUGUUGAUUCUACGGUGGGGUAAAGUAGAAGGGCUUUCCGUUAUUCAGGAAGGCAUGGUGCAACACGUCUGGCUAGUCGGAAUGAUUUCGGUCUGCGUUCAAUGGUUUUACCUCUAUCGUAUCUAUCGAUUCAGCGGAAAGCGAUGGCUUAUUCCCUCCAUCAUUGCUGUCAUAUCGCUCUGGCAGUUAUUUGUGUCGAUCCCACAAAAUAUCAUAAUACAUCGCAAUCACGAACUUGCAACGUUGUCAUUAGGUCCUUCCGUUGCAUUGAACAUCAGCCUUCGAGCCUGCAGCGCAUGUGUCGAUAUCUUCAUUGCAGUAACCAUGUCCUACUAUAUGAUCAAACAAGGCGUACCUGAGCUCUCCCAUAGCCAGAAGAUGUACUUCAGACUCUUCCUGAUGACUAUCAACACGGGUAUGUGGACCGCAACCAUCGCGACGCUGGACUUCAUCUUGAUGGCGAUAUAUAGGGAUGACCUUUGGUAUGCGAUCUUCGAGUCGCCCCUUGGCUCAUUCUACGUCGGUGUCCUCCUCGCCAAUCUCAAUGCAAGGGAAUUCAUUCGAGGAAGUGAAGAGAUUUGGCAUGACAUGUCUACAUUCAGAAUAAGUAGCUUCCCUCCGGCGAGUCACAACACCAUACCCGCCGAUGGUCGCCUGCCAGCACUUUGUGUCACGGCGCAAGCUGGCGUAAGUCCUCUCUAUUCAUGAACAUCAUCUCUGUGCCAACCACCAUUCUAGGACACGAUGAUGGUCAAUCUAGCCCACGCGAAUGGCAAGGAGUCCCAGGAUGAAAAUGCAGUGACUGCGGAGGAAAGUACUCCCAAACUUACCGAUCAUGCGCUGUAACUUGCAUACGAUGGUUUCAUGGGGGUGAUGGGUGAGAAGGAACGUGCAAAGGAGCUAGGCCCCGUUACAAACAGCCGAUGAGGAUCGUUACGAGGGAAAGACAGAGUUAUGACCUCCGGUGAUUAGCCAGAUGCGAACCGAAAUCGUUUCAUGCUGUUAUACAUCCGUUCGCAUUGUGAUAUGUACAUCAUUGCAUCCGGUGUCGUUCCUCCAAGGACCAUUGCAGAGACUGGAUGUAUACUUUCGAUAUUGAUGGAAUUGAGUCGGGUGCCUGGGCGGGCUCGCAAGC